AUGGGUGCAACUGUUGAACAAAUUGCAUUGCUAACACAACUCGACAUUGAUCCAUUCUCAUAUGCAUUGGUUCUUGCGAGCACUGCAUUUCUAAUAUUCCUUUUCACAAACUGUCUGAUAGAUUUAUAUUGGAGAUCUGGUCAAAAUGAUGGUGAACCAAUUGGCAAUAACAACAUGAUGGCUCAUAUCCCGUUACCUUUAACAGAUCUACAUCUUUCAAGUUCAAACUCUGAAGAUGAUCAUGAUGUACUAUUUCAACGUGCUAAAUCUAACGAUGAUGAUUAUGAUUUACAUAGUUU